UAUGCAAAUACAAAAAUUAUUUGCCGUGUCUCGUUUCUGAAUUCUGAGAUCCCAAAAACAAAUUCCAAAAAUCCAAGUUCCAUUUCAUUUCUACAUUUCUAUCAACUUCCAAUCUUCAACCCGUCAGACCCCAAAUCUUCGUCAUUUUCUUCAGGAAUUGACUCAAAUCUAGAACAAUCUAGGGCUGAAUAGAGCGCUUUUCGCAGUAGCAAUCAUGAAUAUCUUCAGACUGGCCGGGGACAUGACACAUUUGAUUAGUGUCUUAGUUCUCCUUCUCAAAAUUUAUGCUACCAAAUCAUGCUCAGGAAUAUCAUUGAAGACGCAAGAGUUAUAUGCUAUUGUGUUCUUAGCUCGGUAUCUGGAUUUGUUCACCGACUUCAUCUCUCUUUACAACACUGUGAUGAAACUGGUUUUUAUUGGGAGCUCUUUGGCAAUUGUCUGGUGUAUGAGGUACCAUCGGGUUGUCAGGCGCUCAUAUGACCGUGAGCUAGACACUUUUCGUUAUUGGAUUCUUCUUGUUGCAUGUUCCAUUUUGGCACUUGUUCUUCAUGAGAAGUUUACCCUUCAAGAGGUGUUCUGGGCUUUCUCAAUAUACCUGGAGGCAGUUGCCAUUCUUCCCCAGUUGGUGCUCUUGCAAAGAAGUGGAAAUGUUGAUAAUCUGACUGGACAAUAUGUGUUCUUCCUUGGGGCCUACCGUGCAUUUUACAUCUUAAACUGGAUUUACCGCUAUCUGACCGAGCAGCAUUUCACCAGAUGGAUUUCUUGCGUCUCUGGUCUUGCCCAGACAGCCCUUUAUGCAGAUUUCUUUUAUUAUUACUUCAUCAGCUGGAAAAAUAGUGUCAAGCUUCAACUGCCAGCAUGAGGCAAAGAAGAUAUAUGAUGUGAAUAGUUUUAACACCUUUUCUUUAGACGUGAGAUCAUACAUGGAAUUUGGCCUGAGGGUCAAGUAUUUCACUGAGCUCGUCUUACAUUGUUAGAUCAAGAUACAGUACCCUUGUUAAUAUGUCAGAAAUAUGUUAAUUUGAAAAUGUUGUCUGCAUUCCUGUCAAAUGAUUGGAAUUUUCAAAGAUAAUAGAGGUACGACUAAUGAAUUAUUUUGCUUCGUACAUAUUAAGGUUCUCAGAUGUCUGCAUA